AUGACUGCAUUAAUACUGGAAGUGAAUUAUGAAUCUUUCAACAGUCUACAUGUUCAAAAAGAGGCUAACCUUUUGAUAAUAGAUAAAAAUAAAAAAGCGUUUGCACCUAAAGUCGGCAAACGUAAUGUCCGUAAGCCUGGCUCCAGUAAAGAAAAAGCUGCCGAAAAGAAGACAACAGACCGUGUAAAGAAAGAAACUGUCGCAGAAGCAGCGCCAGUGAUUGAAGACAAUGUGCGAAUGGAAGAACAAAUUCAAACGGUGGAGGAACCCACUUUUACCACACCCGAUCGCGUCCCCGCAGAACCCAUGAAUACCGACCUUGAACUGAACGAAUUUGGUUUGACACAAGAAGAAAUGCAAAUGAAUGCACUAGCCACUGCAGCCGAAAGACAAUCCUUUUCUCCAUUUUCAGCUCCUUCUCCAGUCGCCAAUGUAGACGACGAAGGUUCUGAUUGUGCAUUGAGAGGCACUCGAUCAAGCGUCAAAUCAGAACGUAUCACACCUGGUGCUCAUUCUUUGCGGAAAAGUAUGUCUAGAGCUUUAAAAGAAGACGAGGGAGAAAGAAUUGAUGCCAAAGAUAUUUUGGCUGCGGCGCCAAUGUCUUCUACACCCGCUUCCCCCGCUAAUUUCGAAACAUGGACACCAACACCCAGUCGAACACCUUCACCACCGCCCUCUACUAAAAAAACCAGAUCUAAAAAAGCAAAAGGUAAAGGAAAAGCAGUUGAAGGCAAUAUAUCCACAUCAAAAGCAUCUUCAGCGACAAAGAGAUCUGCGAGAACAACAAAAGCAAGUACCAGUGGUGGUAGUUCAAUAGGAAUUGGUAUACCUUCCUCAUCGGGUGCUACACCUAUUUCUAUUGGCGCACCAACUGCUACUGAUACAACCGUUAAAGAAGAAGAAUCAGGCAAAAAAACGGGUGUGAGACGUAAAGGAGUCAAGAAAUUUGCUUACCGUUUACCAGAGAAUUUAAAGACGUUAGAUGAUAUCACAAAUGAUCCUGCAAAACCAGAUAAUUUGGAAAAACCCAUGUGUGCAUUUACAAAAGAUAUUGAUGGUAUUGUUUCAAAAAACUUUAAGGAAAUGGAAACAGUUCGUUAUACAGAAAAGAGAAAAUUGGAAGAAGCUGCUAGUUUAUCACCAGAAGAGUUGGAAGCAGCAAAGAAAAAGGAAGAGGAAGAAGAAGAAUUGAAUGCCAAGAGAAGAAAGAUCGCUCAAGAAAAGGAAGCUGAAAGACGUAAAAAAGAAAUGGAUGGAACUAUAUUAGCUGAAUCGGCAAACUCUCUUCAAGUACGUCUUGUCAACGGUCAAAUUGUGUUGGAUACAGAUUCGCUUACAGUGGAAAGAACCCAAAAUGAGAUUGAUUACGGUGAUGGAGCAAUGGAAGUGGUAGAAGAAAAUUCAAUGACAAAAAAGGUCAACAGUCAAACCUAUGGUAAACGUCAACGCUCUGUUCGAUGGGAUGCUGUGGAAACAGAGUUAUUUUAUGAUUGUAUAUCACAAUUUGGUACGGAUUUCGAAAUGAUUUCAAUGGUGAUGCCAGGAAGAACCAGAGCUCAAGUUCGUUCAAAGUUUAAUCGGGAAGAGAAAGUAGCACCCGAAAAGAUCACAGAGUAUCUGAUCAAGAAGAAGAAGCCAUUAGAUUUAACAAAAUAUGAAGAAUUGGCUGGUAUUGCACUUGAUGAUGUACCAGAAGAUUUCCAUGAGAUGCAACUUGCUUAA